UGACUCGUGUGUCAGUGAAAACUGCUAUGGAUUUACUUCAAAUAACGUACACGCCUAGCUGCUCAAACAACUAAAUAAGCUUACCGAUGUGUUUUCAAACAUGUGGAAUAAAUACGGACGGCUGUUUGAGUGGUAGUAACCGAACGGGCAGUUGGCAGGUGGUCGGCUAGAUUGCUUGUUUACCUAAAAUACUUGGCGGAAGUUUUUUUCUGUCAUCAGCAGCAACAUUGUAACGCGUGAAAGCCUUCGGCUCAAAAACAAGUUUACAAUGGCAGAAAGCCUCGAAAACAAUCAAAAUGGGACUGAAAUUCACAUGAAUCGACACAGGCCUGCCUCAGAGCAAAGCCAGGACAUUUCCCACAUCUUUGCAAGUGUUUUCAAAGACCUGUAUACUAAGGAGGUGAUUGGGAGAGACACCAUCGACAACCUGUUCAAGUCUCGCCGUGGAGACAAAGAAAGCUACCAUGACAAAUACGUAGAGGAACUCCAGAAGGUGCAUGCAGAGUACAGUCAGCGCAUGAAGGAUGUUGAGAUGCUGGAGAGGCACAUCAUCCAGGCUCGCGUCCAGGCAACUGGCAUCGAGGAGCGGACCAGGGCCCAGCUGGAGGAGGAAGUGGGGGAGGUGUACAACGAACUGGGAUUACCUGUCCAGGCAGCGUUUGUGCGGUGUGUGGACAGUGAGCUGCUGAAGAAACAUCAUCUGAUUUGCCCAAAGGAUUACAUCAUCGAGCAGACGCCUCUGGCCAAUGCCCCACAAAGGAAGGGUGCGUCUGGUUUUGCGCGCCCCACUGUGUGCUCUACUCACCACUCUUGUCGUGACCCUCAGGAUGACGGCUACACCUUCAUCCCCCCUCCCCCCCACACGGCCGAGGAGCUACUGGAGGUGUCAGAGGGGACCCUGACCAAGACAUCCAGCUCCGAUGAUGCCAGUGGAGACACACACACACCACCACAGAAGCCCCCUCGUCCACGAGAACCUCACUGGCGUCGGGAGCUGAGUGCGGCCAGUCGAGCGGAGGAGAGGGCUGGGCUUCAGCGGCUGCGAGAGCGACAGAACUUCCUGCGGAACCCUCGCUUCCUCCCACCACUCGCUACGCGGGGCGGACACUCGCUCAUCCUGCGUGGUGCGAAGACGGAAAGGAUGGUGGACGGGAAACGCGUCGCUGUGGAGGAGAGCCCUGCGGGUCCUGUGCCUGUGUUCCUGGCCAACCCUCCUGUGGUCCUCUUCACCAAUUACAAGGAGGGACAAGUCUAUGAGACGACUCUGGAGCUGAGGAACAUGACAGCCACCUGCCGACACGUCAGGGUCAUCCCCCCCACCACACCACACUUCUCUAUAGGCUUGGGCAUGCUGGUGUUCUUCCCCACGUCAGCUGGUCCCUUCUCUGAGUCCUUCACCAUUGUGUGUGACAACUGCCAGGUCAGGGACAUCACAAUUAAAGGAGAAGCCCAGGUGGUGGCUGUAGAGCUGGUGUCGGGGGGAGAGGAGAGGCCGGUGUUUGGAGAGCUGUUUGAUGUCACUGCAGAACACUUCAUACGCUUCGAAUCCACCAACCCCUAUGCUACACUCCGCAAGACACUGGUGGUCAGGAAUAACCUGAAUCUGGACUUGGUGUUUGAGUGGCGGGUGAUGCGGCCCAAUCUGCAGGCUCUUCUGCCUGGCCAGCCUCCUGACCCCGCCCUCAUCCAGCACGAUGUCGCCGAUGACGAUGGCUUCCUCAUCAUGCCCUCCAGUGGCAUGCUGAAGCCACUACAAGACACACACUUCACUGUCAUCUAUAACCCCCACGAGUUAAAGGAGUACCACAGUGUUUGCCACCUGGUCAUCAAGGAUGUACCUGAACUGCCCCAAAACACACCAGCGGAAUGUGUGGCUGUGGUGCCGUGUCCGGGGCGUGUGUGUGACGUAGUUGCUAUGGAGGUGGAGGUGAAGGGAUCUACUGAACCGUACCAGAUACUGCUAGAGCCCUACGCCAUACUGCUGCCGGGAGAGACAUACAUACACACCACCAUACGCAGGAGGUUUAUGAUGUGGAACCACAGCAAGUCUGUGAUCCGUUUUGAGUGGGAACGCAUCACAGAGGGCCACAUCAUCGAGGUGGAGCCCCCUACAGGAGAAAUAGAGCCUAAUGAGUGUAUGGAUAUGGAGUUGGUUCUGACGGGAGGCAAACCAGACCACGUGGCCUUGAACCUCCCCUGUCACAUCCAGCACCACACACACCCCAUUGGCCUACCCAUAGACAUCAGGUUUAAGGGUCCUACUCUGCACAUGAGCACCCCCUAUCUGGACCUCGGGUUACUGCAACUGGGAACGUCCUGCUGUUCAACUAUAGAACUGCACAACCCCACUCAGCUUCAGGCAACAUGGAGUAUUGUAGACACAGUGAGCAGUGAACAAGACAACCAGGUGCUGCUAGAGCCCUGUUUGGGCGAGCUGGCCCCACUGGAGAGCUGCAGCAUUCAGGUGAGACUGGAAGGGAAGACACCUGGACACCUGGAGAGGGUUCUGGAACUCCAGGUGGAGAGCGGACGAAGAGGUCAGCUGCGUGUGGUAGCAGAUGUGCAGGCCCCACAGGUGUGUCUGGCGCGCUGUAAGCUGCACAUGGCCGAGCUGUACCUGGGCCAGCCGUGGACCGGAUGCGUCACCCUCUGCAACCAAACACUUCUGCCCUCACACUACAGCUGGGGACAGCUGCGUGGUAGGCAGGGCUCUCUGUGUUCGGUGGUCUUCACUCCAAGUUCAGGAUCUCUGGCUGCACACGAGCAGAAAGACAUCAGCGUCAGCUUCACAGCACACACUGAGGAGGAGUUAUCAGAGGUGCUGGCCCCGUGUGAUGUGGUGGGCAUGGCUCACCCUGUGGUGUUGGGCUUCUAUGGCAGAGCUAGGACCCUCAGCGUCUCCUACACUCUACCUGGGGACAGCACCCCUAGUGGUGACCAACCACUGGUGCUGGACUUUGGAGAUGAGGUGCUGCAGGGGAAGCCCAUCACACGACAGCUAGUGAUGACCAAUCACACGACUAUUCCAGCCCCUUUCACUGUGGAGGCGGAGUACUUCAUUGGCCGACCUCCUGCCCAAAGCUCAGAGGAGGCGGAGUCCAGGAGUUCUUACGUGAAGAGGCCCCUGACUCAUAUUCAAGCUAAGAAACUAAAGGAAAAGGCCCAGGAAGACUUUGUGAAGAGCCUGCUGAGCCAUGGGAGGGGAGCUGCGUUCCACAUCCAGCCCAGCUGUGGCACCCUCGGACCCCACGAAGCCGUCACCCUCAACGUCACUGCACACACCAACAUGUGGGGACACUACACAGACCUGCUCAUAUGCAAGGUGCGUGACCUGGAACCGACCCGAAUCCCGCUGCAAAUGGUGGUGACAGGAUGCCCCCUCUACUUCCAGAUGUCCGGACCCAAGCAGGAUGACCAGAACCAGGGACCCAUCAUACGGUUUGGAAGCCACGUGUCGGGUGGAGACACCAUCUCACGUUCACUACGCCUGAACAACACCAGCCCAUAUGACAUCCGUCUGGACUGGGAGCCGUAUAACCGUGUCCGUAGUGACCGCAAGCUGGUGGACAUGCUGGUGGCGUACGGGGAAGCGUUUCCCCUCAAGGACGCCGACGGCAACCAGGUGCUAUGGCAACAGGACACGUCCUCUGCUGACACGCCACGCCCACCCUGGGGCCGUAGCCAUGGCGACACGCCCCGUACAUCCCUGAGUGGCAGCCACACCGUCAGCUCGGAGUGCACCACCCCCUCCACCUCAACAAAGGGGGACGAGGAGAGACCAGAGGAGGAAGAGGAGGAGAUGAUGAAGUCCAUGGACCCCUCAGCUCCUCAGAGGAACCUCAUCAGCGUUCUCAUCAGACCUCAUGAGGGGACCCCAUCCGACUACCCAUACUGCAUCACUCCUCAGCAGAUUGUGGUUCCUGCAGGGGGCAGCAGCAGUAUGCACGUGUCCUUCACACCCCUCACCCUCUCUGGGGCCACGCCCACCCACGAAGGCACCUGCGACGGAUUCGCUCUUGGGUUCAUGAGCCUCGACUCCAAGGUAGCGUUAGGUGUUCCAGGGAAGGUGUUUCGUCAGCAGGGCCACCAGGUGGAGCCACUGAGGCUGGAGUUGCAUGCCGCCGUACGACCAGCCAGUCUCCAAGUGCAGAUGGAUGAGGAGGGGGGUGCGUUAGAGUUCCAUGCCGUAGCUAGUGACUUGGUGCAGGAGGACUCUGAAGACACGUUAGCUGUGGGGCAGGAAGUUAGGGUGAAGCAAGAAGUGUUGGUGGUACACUCUCUGCUUCUGAGGAACACCUCGCAGAUGGCGCUGGCAUUCCGCCUCAGUGUCCCGCCCCCCUUCUCAGUCAUCCAACCACGCACUCAGCCACGCCUCUCUCGUACACCCACUGCCCAUAGCCACGCCCACAGCUCCGCCGAGAGCCAACCGCUCACACUCAAACCCCAGACCAGCAUGCAGGUGACGUUGGCGUUCCACAGCUCUCCAUCCCUAUUGGCCUAUAUGGGGAAGCCCAAUUCUGAGCUUCCGGACUCAGUGUGUGUGCAGCGCGGGAUCUCAGGAGAGUCCAAACUACGCUUCACUCACCACCUAGUGGUGGAGUACAGCAACAGCAGUCAGCAGACAGUGCCCCUAGUGGCCUGGCUCAGCGUUGCGUCGCUGCAGCUCUCCAGCAGCGCUGUAAACUUCGGCACCUGCUACGUGGGCCAGACGCAGGUCAAGGAACUACAACUCAGCACCCGAGGAGCCUCCUGCAGCUACUGGAACGCAGCCAUAGAUGGUGACAGCAGUGUGUUCCGAGUGAGUCCUGACUGUGGAGUUCUGCGGCCAGAAGAGAACACACACACACUAGAGCUCAGCUUCACUCCCAGCAACCCAGAGAACUUCAUCGCCACGGUGACGCUGAGAGGGCAGCUGGGGGAGGAGCCAAUCACGCUGCAGCUGCAGGGAUGUGGGUCACGUGACGAGAGACACAUGCACUAACACACACACACACACACACACGCCAAAAUGCAUAGAGCAUCAUGAAAUAGAUCUUGUUUGGAAUUCUCCACGGUCAUCUCUCAUUCAUCUCCAGUCAGCAAUGUGUGUGUGUGUGAUUUUCUUUUUUUUUCAUAUUGUGUUUUACACAUUCAAUUGUGUAACACACAUUUAGGUUUGUAGUAUUUCUGUAAAGGAUCGAGUGACUGAAAUAUUACCAAUGAGGCAAAUACAAUAUCAAAAUGAAAUGUUUUAUUUUAACGAUUGAUAUUAGCAGCACUGAUUUGUACAGAAUUUGUACAGAUUUGGAGGACAACAAAUAGUCUAGCUGGACAACAUUUAGACUAAAAACUUAAGAGCUGUAACAGUUUAUUGGGGUGAAAAAAUAAAGAGACAGCAGCUUCUUCCAACA